AUGGCACAUGUUUCUUAUAACAUUUCUAAUUUAUUGACAGCGUAUUCACAACAUUGUAACAAAAAAGAUGAAACCUAUGUUUGGUUACAGGCACGUAUUGAUGAUUUAAUCUCGGACUACAACAACAGAUUAGCUAUCCAGAUUUUACCCGCUAGAACAAAGCGAGACCUAAUGGCAGACGUGUCAGGUCUCUUUGGUUCAGCCAAUUCACUUGCCAACACAUACAAAAUCACAGAUCAGUCACAAUAUUCAGCAUGGUUGGCAAAUCAGGUCUCUACCGGUUUCCAACACCUCACCAAUAGCAACCAAAACAUAAUCAAAGCGGUAAAAUCUGAGGCGCAGGCGCUUCUAACCGCUUCUCACUCACUUUUCAACCAAACACGUAUCAUCGAACAUACCUUAGCCUGUAGAACAUACGCACAAGACUUACACACUGCCGCAAGACAAGAAUUACUUGAUUUGCGCCUAGGAAAACCACCUAGACAUGCUUUAAGUGACCUUAUAGAAACCUUGGAUCUUAACAGGUGGAUAGCGUCAGAAAAAAUGAAAAAUAUUCAUUAUUCAGAGUUAUUAACAGCAUUGAUGAUGUAUACUGGAAAUGAAUGUACCGGCUGUAUUGGUUUCUUUGCUACUUUCCCUUUACUCCACCCUGAACAGGUGUUUCCAAAUUCUACCACAAUACGCUCACUCGGUGUAGUGGUAAAGAAUCAGGUGUUAAAAUGGGAUCACAUUACUGGGUAUAUGACUGUGAAAGGGACUGAGACAUUGUUUUCCACUCGAAACUGUUGCCAUGAAACAUCUAGCUAUGUCAUAUGUACCUGUAACACUUUGCAACCUUUUUCCCAUAAUGAUACCAAACUUGUCAAUGUUCAGUCACUACAUGGAUAUGCUGACGCCAUCCAGGUGUCAAGCACACAGUGGUGUGUUCUGAGCGAGAUGAACUCCUUUUCCUAUGGAGGACUGACCUGCCCAUCAAACCACAGCUUCUGCUUAGAAGUAACAGAGGACUUUUCUAUGGGUCAGGUCAGCAUCCUGGGGAAGAUUCCAUUGGACUUGGACGUUUCUCCCUGGUGGGAGGACACCUUCUACGAGGAGAGUACAAAAGCCCUAUCAGACACUAUGAACCUUGUUGAACAGGUCAUCCAACAAACGGAUUACCAUCUUAAUCAGGCACAGGUGCAAGCGAACCUGGCCAAAAAGACAGCUGAGAUCCUGGCCAGCUCCACCACACGCUCCGCCCAGUAUGCCAACACCUGGUGGGACUGGGUGUUCAGAGGGUGCGUCAUCGCCAGUGCCCUGAUCUUCACCAUCACCCUUCUCCAGUGCUGCUACUUCACACACCUCAUCCGCUCGCUGCGGAGGGACACACACGCAGCCCUGCUGCUUGACAAACUACAACCAUCAGCCCCACAACAACUUUUCAAUCAACGGACUCUAUUCUGGUGACCCCACUUAGUCCACCUAGGAUGACCCAGAGGGGUCAAGGGGGGAUCUGUAAGAGCCUGAUUGUGUAACCCUAUUCUAGGCCUGCUGUAGAAUUCCACUACAGCAACUUUUGAUUAACACUUUACCAUUUCACAGGGAAAACUACUGGGAAGCAGGAAAUGUGAUUGAUGAAUGUAUUGUCAUGGUUUGAUUGAGUUACUCAGGGUCUCGCGGAAAACAAUGGUCUCAGUUCAACAGUAUCCAUCAUGUGAUCCUUAGGUAACCUGUAACCAGGUGACCUCCUACAUUACGAAAACGCACAGUCACCCAUA